UUUUCUUAGUGGACAAAUAUACCCUUUAAUUUCUAACUGCUGCCGAAGAUAUCUCAUUUAACUUCAACGACUUCUCUCUUCCCCUUUCUUUCUUCGCGGCUAGGGUUUCGACAAGAUUAUUCUUAAUCACUUCACUGCAAUUGCAGACUUUACAGGGUCAACGGAGUACAAGAAUGAGUAGAGGCAGGGUAAGAUGGAAUGAAGAAAAUCUGGAUGAGAUUGAAGCAAACAAACCUGUGAGGCAGAAAAUUACAGAACCAAAGACUCCAUAUCACCCCAUGGUUGAUGAUGAUGCAGGAUCUUUAUCUCCUAGACGAGGCAGUUUUGGUAGUUUGGAGGAAGGUUCUGGGGAUGCGAUGCAUGCAGAUGCAAUACGAUCUGCUUUGAAUGAUGUCGCAACUUCUAGUGGAAAUAGCUCCCGGCGCACUGGGUGGACAUCAUCUGAAGAUGAAGCAGAAACCAUGGAUGAAGAUUUUGAAGACACUGAUUCAGAGAAAAAAGAUAGCUUUAGGGAGCACAGGCGAGCUCAUUAUGACGAGUUUCGGAAAGUGAGAGAACUCAGGCGAAAAGGAUCUUUAGAUGAAGAGGAAUCCGACGAGGACGAGAAUGGUCAUGGAAAAAAUGGCAAGGGCGAGACUACAUCUUCAUUGACAACUGCUGAUGAUGAAGACAUGACAAAUGGAAAAUAGGGGGAUCUUCAUGCCUCGGUGACAUGAAUGUUGCUCUCAUCUAUUCUCGUAAAACAGUCCUGAUUAAGUGUUAUACAAUCGAAUUUUUUUUUUCCUUCCUUUUGUACAUAUGGAUGAGCUACAAGGUUCAUUGAAGUAAUUUUCCUCCCAUCUCUUUGGUGCGAUUGUUUUGCCAAAAUAUGGUUUUACAGUAGCUCUAUUAAGUUGGGACUUAAAGCAUCUCCAAGGGCAAUAUGUAUAAUGAUUGGCUAUAUUGAUUGACUAUAUAGAUUAUGUAAAUUUUUUUUUCUCAA